GACGAUGAUUUCUGUUGCGGUCGAGCCUGAGGUGCAAGCCGCAUUGCCAUUGUCUCCAGUGCAAGCUACAGUCCUGCUUUGGACGAGCUGCAUGGGGUUGAUAUGCAGCAUGUUUGGCCAGCGAGUCAUUGUGACGCAUUCGUCAAGAAAAUGGGCAGUCAAGAUGAGGGAAUGGCAGCGAUAGGUUACAAGCGACCAAAUAGGAGAGCAAUCAAGAAACCAACCAAGAAACCCAACACCCGUGCCGCAGCCGUCCCUGGACACUCAUCAUUGUCUGCAUGGGAGCCAUUGCAGAGAGCUGUAAAGGCACAUUUGUCUGAACAUAUCGGGACUACUCCUGCAGUUUCGUCGGCUCACUUAUUUCGAGUCUGUCGGACCGCAGCACAUGAGCUCGGUCACUGUUUCGGACUUGACCAUUGUAUGUGGAGGGCAUGUGCUAUGCAAGGUACCACGUCUGUGGCGGAAGACAUGCGGCAACCGCCUUAUCUGUGUCCUGUUUGUGAGCGGAAAGUAGGUGAUGCCGUUGAUGGUGCUAGAGUUAAGGGCGAAGGCUCCAGUGGUAAGUUGGAAACGAGCAUAGAGAAGGAUGAUGGCUGGGAGACCAGAAUGGCAAAAUGGAGGAGAGGUCAACUGUUGGCGAUGAAACACUUCUGUAAGGGCCAAGGGAGCAGUUUUGCGCCAUUUGCAGCAUGGUGUGAGGCGAUGAUGGAGAUGAUGAAGUGAAUUGUUUUCAGAGAGGAAAGGAGGUGAGUUGAUGAGCGAGGUUUGAAGCAAGGGCAACUUGAACCUUACCGGUUGCAUGCACAACGUUCUCUGCACAACUCCAUUUCGACUUUUACCACAGUCUUUCUGAGAAAUGAGUCAAAAGCGAACCGCUCAUCGCAAUCUGAGAUAGCUGAACGAGCUUGAUCAAUCACCCGAAGACCGUCUCUUACGCCCCUUUGUCAGUCUUCUUCUACGUGUCUCUUA